UAAUACUCUAGCUGCACUUUUCUUACCUCCUUAUUAUAUACCUUACUGAUUUAAACUGUCAGCGGUGGACACGAUUGCAUCCUGAUUGUUCAACAUGAGCUCAAAAGAUAUGAGUAAGAAUAUGUUGAGGGCUGCAUUAGUCGCAGCUACAUCGUGUGCAACAUGUGCGACUAUGAUAGCAGGUAUCAAUGACUUCCUUAUUGUUACAAGUGACAUGAAAUGUCUUGGAAUACAGGGUAUUGAAGUGAAGGCACAAGCUUGCGACGGUAGCACGGGUCAAUACUGGAGAGAAGUGAAUGAUCAGCAACUUUUAAAUUGGGAUUCGAAAGAUUGCUUAACUGUUAACCAUGCGAGUGGGGUAGUUUACACAUCACCAUGCGGUGACAACACUAAUACCGAGCAGGCAUAUAUAGACUUCAGAUCGUUAAUAGUAAACGGUGGAAAAAAUUGCGUGGGUGGUGGUGAAUGCCGUGGUUUGUGUAUGACAACGGAAGGGGAGAGAGCAAGUGCUGUUGCAAUCGAAUCAGCAUCGGAAUGGUGUGGGAACAAUGGAGAUGCACAGUAUUUUAACAAGAAGCUGCAAUCAGUAGCUAUAUCAAAUAUACCAAGUAUGGUAGGAAGUUGGGUUGAGGGUAGUGUAGAAGCGAGUGGGUGCUCGAAGAAGUGCGGAGGCGGAGUUUCGAGUGUAGAGUAUGUUUGCAAAAGUGAGACUUUUGCCAAUGCGUAUUGUGCUGGCAAUAGACCUAGUCCUGUUGAAAGGGAAUGCAAUACUGAAAGAUGUGACGAUUGGUCAGAAUAUGGUGAAUGUAGUGCCAAAACCUGUGAAGACGUCGGUUACCACGGGCGUGCUUGUUUGAAGGAAAAUGGCAAUUGCCCGGGCGCAGACUUUAAGGAGUGUAAGCCCGCCGGAUGUGAAGCCGAGAGUCGAACAGAGGUUUUAGAGGUAGAUGACUUGAAACAGCCCGCGAAGCUCCGAGUAGCAGCGGAUGGAUCCCUUUGGACAGACUUUGAUGCGUGUUCUAACAGUUGCGGAGUAGGUAUCCAGACGGCAAGGUGCGCUGAUAUUUCUUCUAAGGCGGCAGGGCAUCCGUGUCAAGUCUACGAAUACACACAGUCCUGUCACGAUAAUUCUAGGCCUGGUUGCAAUUACGUUCACGUCGAGGAUGUCGAUGGAGAGUGGCGUCCAUGGGAAGCAUGCACGACAACAUGCGGUGCGGGAAUACAGAAAAGGCAAUGUAUCAACCGGGAAGGAAAUGGUAAGGACUGUGUUUCGGAUUUAGAUGGCGACACACGUACUUGUGUCAAUGCGGAAGUUUGCCCUGAAGGCGUCGUAUCGAGUUUGACCGGUGAACGAGGCGAGGUUGUGAAUAAUGUGAUCGUGCGUAAUGACCCACAACCUGUCGCGGCAAAUGGCCAAGUCCGCUCUGAAGUCGGGGACGGUGGGCCUCAGGGGUCACGUAUAACAGGUGGUAUGGAUUCUUCUGGUGGGUUUGCCGUGACUAGCGGUGGUCGCACGGAGGAAAGCAAUCGCGAUCAAGUGGACGGUGGAAACCAGCAAGUUCAAGGAAGCAAUGCGUAUGCCAAUGGUGGCUACAAUGCGGUAUACUCUGCUCCUCAGACAUUCGACAGCCAGUCCUACACUGGUUUCGGCGCCAGCACCGAUAGUACUUUCGGAACCACUGGUAGUACUUUUGGAUCAACCGGCAGUACUUUUGGAUCAUCCGACACCAGCACUGGCUUUGGCACAACUAGCGGUACUAGCACCUUUGGCACAACUAGCGGUACUAACACCUUUGGCACAACUAGCGGUGCUAACACCUUUGGCACAACUAGCGGGACCAGCACUGGGUUUGGCACAACUACCGGUACUAGCACCUUUGGCACAACUACCGGUACUAGCACUGGCUUUGGCACAACUAGUGUUGACAGCUUUACUUUUGACGAUAGUGGUUUCGAAGAUUUCGAAGAUUUCGAUGAGGAAGAGUUUGACGAUCUUGACGAUUUUGAUGAUUUCGACGACGAGGAUUGGUUCUUCAACGCAUUCGAGCGAAGACGUCGAAGUGUUGACGCAGAGGAUGUUUUCGAGCAACUCGAUAAUGUAUUCCCCAUGUCGUUGUCCUUAUUAGGUGUAGUGUGCUUGGUUGUAGCUUCUGUAUUCGGUACAUUCAUGGCAAUCAAAGCGGGAAGCAAGAGCAGCCACAGCAAAUAUCGCGAGGGUGACAUAUUUCAAGUGUAAGUUUUUUUUUAACCACAUAGUAAAUUAGUUUAGGAUUAUUAAUGAAUGAAUAAAACAAAACGGCGUAGCGAUGAAACCGAAACCU